AUCCAUUUCAUUUUGAUUCACGACAAUUGUAACGGGACAACAUGGCGACGCAGACGGCCCGCUACUACAGCGAAAGCGGCAGAGCGACAAAACGCCAAAAAACCGAUAGCGACGGGGGAAUGGCCACCGAAGGAUAUGAUGACCCUCAUAAGACGCUUCCCUCCCUUGUGGUGCAUGUCAGAGGAUUAGUGGAUGGGGUUUUGGAGGCAGACAUUGUUGAAGCUCUUCAAGAGUUUGGAACCAUCAGUUAUGUCGUGCUGAUGCCCAAGAAACGCCAAGCCCUGGUUGAAUAUGAGGAUAUGAGUGGAUCUUGCAAUGCAGUUACUUAUGCCAACGACAACCAGAUCUACAUUGCCGGACAUCCUGCAUUCGUAAACUACUCUACCAGUCAGAAGAUUUCCAGGCCAGGUGACCCGGAUGACUCCCGCAGUGUUAACAAUGUUUUGCUUCUCACAAUCAUGAACCCCAUUUAUCCUAUUACCACGGAUGUUCUUUAUACUAUUUGCAACAACUGUGGUCCUGUUCAAAGAAUUGUCAUCUUCAGGAAGAAUGGUGUGCAGGCCAUGGUGGAAUUUGACUCCGUUCAGAGUGCCCAAAGGGCCAAAGCUUCACUCAACGGGGCUGAUAUAUACUCUGGCUGCUGCACUCUAAAGAUAGAGUAUGCUAAGCCAACACGCCUCAAUGUGUUCAAGAAUGACCAGGACACGUUUGACUAUACCAAUCCGAACCUGGGCAGCCAAGGUGCAGAUGCUGAUGGCAAUGGGGGCAAUCAAGAUAUGAAUGCCAACCCCAACAAGCGCCAGAGGCAGCCGGCUCUGCUGGGAGACCACCCUCCAGAGUAUGGUGGUUAUCAGGGAUAUCAAGAUGAGAGCUAUGGUGGACCCUAUGAAGGGCGACGAAUGGGGCCACCCAUGGGUGCUCCAAGGCGUGGUGGUACCAGUCAGCGGUAUGGGGCACAGUACGGCCCCCCUCCUCCACCCCCAGGAGAAUACGGCGCACAUGCGGACUCGCCGGUGGUCAUGGUCUACGGCCUGGAUCCCGUGAAAAUAAAUGCAGACCGGGUCUUCAACAUUUUCUGCCUGUAUGGAAAUGUGGAGCGGGUGAAAUUCAUGAAGAGCAAACCUGGAGCUGCCAUGGUGGAGAUGGGAGACUGCUAUGCUGUCGAUAGGGCCAUCUCGCAUCUCAACAAUAACUUCCUGUUCAAUCAGAAGCUUAACGUAUGUGUGUCUAAGCAGCAGGCAAUCAUGCCUGGCCAGUCCUAUGAGCUUGACGAUGGGACGAGCAGCUUCAAAGACUUCCACGGCAGCAGGAAUAACCGCUUCACUUCUCCAGAGCAGGCAGCAAAGAACCGCAUUCAGCACCCAAGCAACGUCCUUCACUUUUUCAAUGCGGCACCUGAAGCUUCACCAGACGUCUUCACCAGGAUGUGUGAAGAGCUUGGAGUGAAGAGCCCAUCCAAUGUCAAACUUUUUGCAGCAAAAGGUUCCUUAUCAGAGAGGAGUUCAACAGGACUUCUUGAAUGGGAGUCUGUUAAUGAUGCAAUGGAAGCCCUUGCCAUGAUGAACCAUUACCAGAUGAAGAACCCCAAUGGCCCAUACCCAUAUACACUUAAGCUGUGCUUCUCUACUGCACAGCAUGCAAACUGAGCAGAAUCUUUCAUCAUGUCCCAGUAUCUUCGCUCACCUCAUCACUUUCCUGCUACAUUUAUUGUCUGUCAUUUGUGCAAGUGUAAGUGCAGACGUGUUGAGUCUUUAUAUUGAUUGAGCCACAUGCUGAGAGUGAAACUGACUGAACUGUCACCAUAUUGUUUUUAAUGGACAAGGAGAGUUGAAAUGCUUUUGUACCAGUAUUUUUUGUUACAAUUUUCUUUUCUUUUUUUUUUCUUUUGUUUCCCAUUUUUGGCUGUUAAGUCUGUGCUUAGCACCUCACUUUUAGAAAAGUUAACCAGUAAAGAAGAGACUGCAAUUUUAUUUUAUUAUUUUAUUUUAUUUUUUGGAUUGUAAAAUAAAAUGAGUGAUGAUGGGUCUUUGUUGUGAUUGCUUGUGUGAGGGAACAGUUGUGACUCAUGUUUUAAAAUGCUUGAGUUUUUUUUUUUUUUUUUCUUCAAUAGCUGCCUAAGAUGUUAGUGCUCAGCAUAUAUUUGCAAUCUGGAAAAUAAAAUGUAAUCAAUUUAAUAAAGAAAUA